AUGAAUAAUCCGUUUUCGUUAGAUUCAAUUGUUCGACCGAAUAUUCUUAAACUUAAACCAUACGUAUGUGCAAGAGACGAUUAUUCUUCAGGAAUUCUUCUCGAUGCAAAUGAAAAUUCAUUUGGAACAAUUUUGCAAAAUGAGGAGUUGUUAACCGGAGAGUUAAACCUUAAUAGAUAUCCCGACCCAGAUCAAAUUCUUAUAAAGGAAAGACUCGUUUCCUUCCGUGGCUUGCCUUCCAUUGAUUACUUUUUUUUAGGAGUGGGAUCAGAUGAAAUUAUAGAUUUGGUUAUUAGAAUUUUCUGUGUUCCCGGAAAAGAUAAAAUAUUGAUUACACCACCUACAUAUGGAAUGUACACAGUUUGUGCAAAUAUUAAUGAUGUUGAAAUUGUUAGAGUAAAUCUUGAUGUUGAAGAUGGUAAAUUUCAAUUAAAAACUGAAGAAAUUUCCAAAGUAUUAUUAGAAAAUCCGACAGUAAAGAUUAUUUUUCUUUGUUCUCCAGGAAAUCCAACCGGAACUAUUUUAUCUCUCAAAGAUAUCGAAACUAUUUUGAAUGAUCCAUGUUUUAAUGGUAUCGUUGUGGUUGAUGAGGCUUACAUCGAUUUUGUAGAAGAGAAAAAGGAAGCAAGUGUUGCUAAAUGGGUAGAAAAAUAUCCAAAUUUAAUAGUUAUGCAAACAUUGAGUAAAAGUUUUGGAUUGGCGGGAGUUAGACUUGGUAUCGGUAUAUCGGAUCCAAAAAUUAUUCGAUUGAUGAAUAAUACAAAGGCACCUUAUAAUAUCAAUUCUUUAACUUCUGAAAUUGUUUUUAAAGCUUUAUCUCCUGAAAAUAUUGAAAUGAUGAGGUCAAUUUGUCAACAAAUUCGCGCAGAACAAAUCAAACUUAUGUCAUCCCUUAAAAAUUUAUCAGGUAUUGGUAAAUUUCUUGGUGGGAAUGAUGCUAAUUUUAUUAUUGUACAGAUUUUAGACAAGAAAGGAAAAAAACCUAAUAAUGAACGUGCGUAUUUAACUUAUAAAAAUUUGGCCGAGAACCUCGGUAUUGUAGUUAGAUUUAGAGGUAAUGAAUUUGGAUGUGAGGGUUGUCUUAGAAUUACUGUCGGAACACCUCAGGAAAAUAAAAAAUUAAUAGAAAAGUUACAAAUAGCUUUAGAACAAUAA